UGCACGUAAGUAGAGUAGGUACAGUAACAGCAACUGUCGUCGGCGUCAAAGGGGUGAAUUGAGAAUAGAGUGAGACUUUUAUGACUUUCGUUGUCGUGUGCUUUCUUCAAUCCGAAGAAGAACACCACUCCCCCUUCCUCCUUCCUCGCCAUUCUCCUUCGCGUCCCCAUCCGUCGUCGUCGUCGCCGCCCGCCCUCCUAGCAGCGCCCCAUCACCGCCCACCAAUCCAUCCAACUAACCAACCAAUCGUCAUCCCUGCACCACGCGUCGACACCGACGCCGACACCGCCGCCGCUCACCAUGCCCCUCUGCGGCUCAAACAAGACCACACAACGGAAGAUAGUUCUGCUCGGUGAUGGAGCGUGCGGCAAGACUUCGCUGCUGAAUGUUUUCACGCGGGGAUAUUUCCCGCAAGUCUACGAGCCGACUGUUUUUGAGAACUACGUUCACGAUGUUUACGUCGACAACACGCACAUCGAACUGUCGUUGUGGGAUACCGCCGGCCAGGAGGAGUUUGAUCGCCUACGGUCACUGAGCUACAGCGAUACGCACACGAUCAUGCUAUGUUUCUCUGUGGACUCUCGCGACUCGCUAGAGAACGUGGAAAGCAAAUGGGUCGGCGAGAUCGCCGACAACUGUCAGGGCGUGAAGCUGGUGCUGGUGGCGCUGAAGUGUGAUCUCCGAGAGGCCGGUGACGAGGCGGUAGGCAGCGCGCGCGAGAUUCCGGGAGGGUUUAUUCAGUACCACGAGGGGCUGCAGGUAGCACAGAAGAUCAAGGCACUGCGAUAUCUCGAGUGCUCGGCGAAGAUGAACCGUGGGGUUAACGAGGCUUUCACGGAGGCCGCCCGCGUCGCCCUGAGUGCUAAUGCGAAGGGCGCGAAGGAGAAGCGCUCGUGCGUCAUCUUGUAGUCCUUCUCCUUCCGCCCUCCUCUCUUCUCACCCUCACACCCCCCUCACACCUCACACCUCCUACGAAACUGUCUCUCCCCUCGACCUCGACCCACAUCUACCAAACCAAUUGUAAUGUCUUGUCUUGUCUUGUCUUGUCUUCUUGCGCUCGUUUUGUGAUUUUCCUGCAGGAGUGGGGAGGGAGUGGUUGGUUAGUUGGUUAGUUGGGGGAAUUUGGCGUGUUUUGUCUCUGUUCUCUCUUCUUUUUUUCGGCAAGAUUUGCGAGCGUUCAUCCGUUUGGCUUUUGGCUUUUGGCUUUGGAUUUUGGAUUUUGGAUUUUGGAUUGAAUUUUUCGGAUGGGAUAGGAUAUCAUUUUGCUUUGAAUACUCAAGUACGAACCGGAUAUGAUUUUUUGGAUAUUGAAAUGUAAAGUACUUUGUGGUAGUAAAGACAUCGGAUGAUGUUGAAAGUUGAAAGUUGAACACCGAAUUGGCGAGCCUGGCG